AUGGCGUCCACCUCCGCUUCCCCGUCCGCGUCUGCGACCGAGCCUGCUGCAGCGACCGCGCCUGAGGGUGAUCCUCCAGCUACCGUCCUGCCGGGCGAGGGGGCCCCCGAGAUCGCCUUCUUCGACGUCGAGACCUCGGUGCCGCAGCGGGCGGGCCAGGGCUACGCGCUGCUCGAGUUCGGCGCCAUCCUCGUCUGCCCGCGCAGGCUCGUCGAGGUCGCCUCCUACGCCACGCUCGUCCGCCCCGCCGACCCGGUCUCCGCGGUCUCGGCGGCCUCCGUGCGCUGCAACGGCAUCACGAGGGACGCCGUGUCGGGGCGCCGCCCUUCCGCGACGUUGCCGACGCAGUCUACAACCUCCUCAACGGGAUACGAACCGCAUAGGGACAGAAAUGGCCACAUUCGUUGCAUUGCUUUUAUGGGUGUAGGGAACUGUUCUCAUCCUAGCCACAUGGACGAAAGGCGGGUCUGGGCAGGGCACAACAUUGUGAGGUUUGAUUCUGCAAGAAUAAGAGAGGCAUUCAGUGAGAUUGGCCGGUCACCUCCUCAACCCAAGGGGAUGAUCGACACCUUGCCUCUGCUUACCCAACGGUUUGGAAGGAGAGCAGGGGACAUGAAGAUGGCAAGCUUGGCAAAUUACUUUGGCCUGGGGAGGCAAAGGCACAGGAGUCUUGAUGAUGUUAGAAUGAACCUUGAAGUUCUCAAAUACUGUGCUACAGUUCUGUUCCUGGAGGCAAGUCUUCCAGAGGUGCUCACUGUUGAAAAUCUGGUUGAAGGUGCAACAAGGAGCCGAGCUAAUGGUACUGCAUCCCCUGAUUUGCCAAAACCUGAAGCAAAGUCUCCACCGGAUUCAUCAAAAAGGCAACGGACAGUUUCUCCAGUUGAGUGUGUGAUGCCUGAGGAAGGUAAUCAAAGAACAAGUGAUCCUUCUACCAACAGGGAAUCUGUUGAGUUGGUAUCCCACAUUGAGGAGAUGAAGCUAGAUACCACCACGCAUAUGGAUGCAAGUUCUAGUGGUUAUUCUGGAUUUCUUGAGCCAGAUGAUGUUUCCAUUGAAUGUAUUGAAAUCUCAGUUGCUCCAUUACACCAAUUUGGCCGAAGGUCAUCUAUCCAGCACAGAGAUUGCCCACUACAGCUUUGUUGUGCAGGCUUGAAAGUACAGUUUGGUGUCAGUACAAAGUUUCUUGAUAACGCAGGGCGGCCAAAGAUGAGCAUAGUGGUUGAGAUCCCUGAGAGUCUCAGUAAAGUUUUGGAAUUCUGCGAUGAUCUUGCUAGGAAGUUAUCCCAGGAAUCUGGUAGCAGUUCUGAAUGGAGACCCCUGAUUAAGAAGUAUGGAUACGUUAAUCGUCCGACUGUCCGCCUUAACAUCCCUACUAUUGCAAACAGCGAUGCUACGGCCUACUCAACUGAUAUAUGCCAGAAAGAGCCUAGUGGCAGCAUCCAGGAACUUGAUUUCAGCAAUGUAGCCACCACAGAAUUGGACUCCCUGUUUGUUAAAGGGAGCAAGGUGGACGCAUUCUUCUCACCGGAGCUAUACGAUUACCAGCAAAAUGCUGGCAUUCGGCUGGUUGCAAAGAGGCUGGUUGUACACUCGAAUCAGUACCUGGCUCAUUUAUUAUAA